ACAAACACCAAUACUCGUAUCGUAGUGGAAAUCCCAGCCAUUAGCCCAUCAACACGACGCGCUUUUCCAACAGUGCUAGAGUAAUUGACGGGGCGUCAACCAUACACCAAGGUAGGGUAGAAUGGUAAACUUCGUUUGUCUUUGUUAGAAAUCGAGAACUUCCUUAUUCGGGUUAAGAAUGCGUCUCUUUGUAUUAUACCCUUUCAUUGCCUUUAUAAUUAGAUCGCUUAGAGAACCACAUCUAAGUCCAGAAGAGCUAGAAAAGUUCUAUAAAGGCAGACAGAGUUUCCAUUUUCUCUCUUCACUUGAGGUUCAAAACACUACAACCCUUUACUCAGCAGCUCCCUAUCUCAAAAAUAUCUCUCUUGCCUCCUUUAAAUCCUACUUCUCACUAAUUCCCUUCUCUUAUAUCUUUUCUUAAAAAUACUUUCACCUUUUCUGUAAAAUAUAACUUCGCAAACUUUUCGCGAAGUUACAUUCAACACAGACUUUCACGAUGUCGGACGAAGACAAUAGUACAGGUUCAGGCCACCAUUCAUCAGACAACCAAUCUCCAGCCCCUAGUGGCAAUGAGGAAGAACAAGAUCAGGCCAUGAUGAUUGAUGUGUCAGACAUACGACUUCAGCACAUGCGACACAAUGCGAUAAUAACUGCAGGGAACGAAGCUAUACUAGCAAUGAUGAGGGCCCAUGAAGCCAUCCAAACAUUUCCGGAAGAAGAACGAUACGCCAAGUACUUAGAGUUCAAUAACUGGGUUGAUGCUCAGAAAGACUGCGGAGACAACCUGAAAGAAAUGUCCAUGAUCACCAUCAUUCGAGAUAAUCUCCACAUCAAAGCCAAUGUAUCGACGAAGCAAAUGAAGAUCGACAACAAAGAGACUCUCACAAGAAUAGAAAAGAUUCGGCGCAUGCGACAAAAGGCUAUCGACAAACUCAGCCUGCUGUGGCACCAUUCUCGUAAAGGCGUUACCUUCGCCACAAUCCUCAUCAUGACAUACGGAACUAGGUUCCAAUAUGAGCUAACCAAAGUAGUCAAAUUGGCUGACCCCGACACGUUACUAGAAGUGGUCAAUGGAGAGCUCAUACGCCGACUGACAAGCCCCCCCAAGCCUGGAGUGCGGGUUAACAGACACUUGAUGCCUUCUGAGUUUAGGAUGGCUUUCAAAGUCCUCGACCCUGAGCAAGAACUUAAAGCCUUUGAGUGGGAUGACGAGAGUCGAAAACAACUUGGCCUUAAGUACAAUAUGGUCGGAAUGCUUGGAGAGGAAAGUUCCGACUACUCGGAAGACGUCCCACCGGCAGGAGACUCACACAUUGAAUUCAGUGCCAUACCAUCUCCACCUCCCAAUGAGGAAGUGAUCGCAAACCUGGAGAGAUGGUCAAGAUUGGGAGUCACAGUGGCUGAAGAAGACAAAGAGCCGCGACAAAAUUGCUUGAUGGAUAAGUGGAUCGUGAGACAAGCUGCACCAUUGGGAAGUGAGGAGGAGGCAGAAAAUGUGGAACAGCCCGAAUCGUGCAAAUGCCCACCGGAGGCUCUAGUAUCAAAGGACUGGUACCUAGCCUUGAAAGAAAAAUUCGUGGCCAAACAAAUCGGCUGGAUGACCAUGGCCGAAUUAAUUCCGCGCAGACCUGAAGGACUUUGCAACUUCCACCUCCGCCACCUAGCGAACGUGCUAGGCCUCAAAACUACUCGAGUGAAGAGCGAGUAUCUUGUCCACCGUUUCAAAACUGUGUAUAAACGCAGGGACCGUAUCGACGACGUGCGGAUACACGACAAGUACUUCGCCUGGUUCAAGCUAAACGAAGGCGCGAACAAGGAAAGGAAGAAGAGGAUCCUUGGAGUUUUGAAGUUUCGACCCUUAAAUCCCUCAGCUAGUGAGCCAGCGUUCGAACUGGAGCCACCCGCCACCCUCACAAAAGUUCAUGAAGUAGGUAGACGAAGAGCGUUGGCUACUGAUCCAAUCCUCACUAUGUUGAUGGACCGAUGUUCCGAUUCUGUGUCUGCAUCGAUAAAAAUGUAUUGUCACCACAACCGGUACGAAAAGCAGGGACUUGGCUUCGCUCAUCACUGCUACUACGCCCCUUGGCAGCAAGGCUGCAGACAAGACCUGAUGCUUUGGAGAGAAGUGGCUAAACAACGCAUGGAUCAGGAGUACCGCUUGGUGACGGUACCAUUCCCUGCGCUCAUCAUCCAAGCAGAGGAAGACUUUGAUCGCACCUUUGUGCAUGGAAAUGCUAGGGACCUGUAUACCGUAUCCGACUACAAGGUAGCGGAUCACAUUACAGCGUACGUCGUACAUUCCCAUGACGAAAAUGGUGAGAAUACGUCGCAAACUGAAGUCGUACACGGAAGGGUUAAACCUUCCGCUCUGAACGAUACAGACUGGAGAACCUUGGCUGAAAGUACGCUUGGCAAGGGCAAGAUGAUCUUCGAUCAUGGAUUCUUUCAUGAUAUCACAGCUAAGAGACGACACCAGAGUUACACCAACUUGACGAAGUCCGAUCAGUACAUGAAUGGACGGAAUAACUCGUGGGCACUCGUAGCUGGAGGGAACCCUACCUCUAUCCGGCCAUACAUGGACGCGUACGGGGAUGAGCCGUUCGCAGCCACAAUUGUUCCAUAUACGGCUGUGAAGAAAAGAUAUGAUGGAACCUUGGAUCCGAUCCUCGAGAAUGGCAUGAAGUACCAAGACCUGAGGGAUGCCCACAGCAACUUGAAGCCAAUCUUCAACAAGACAGUCACGUGGGAUGGACAACACGAAAUUCCAGGGUUUGCUGCCGAAUGCCAUCUGAUUACUGAAAACCCUGUCGAACAAGCUCUUGUCGGGAGAUUGCCAUGGGAUGAUCACUCCGUUCUCAUCGAAGCUUCACUCCUCCUCGAAAUGACUGACGACGAAUUCCAUGAUUGGUACCGUCGACAUCAGAAAGAAAUUUGGCAUCAACAUCAACGCGCUUUCACUGAUGUCAUCUCUAAAGAAUCGGCUUAUGGUGAAAAAUCGUACUAUUAUGUAGCCUCUGUAGAACCGGCAGCUGGACAGAAACGAAAAUAUGCUUCAGCCGAUGAAGAAGAAGGAAUGCUGGGAUUCUCUACAGACACCAGCGGUGAAGAUGCUACUCCCCCUCCAUCGCCCCAACCCCCGAGCCCUGCCCCCUCUCCCCAAGGAACCAGACGUGUAAAACGAAGAAGACGCGAACUCACGGGACAAGAUAGGAGAUUGAACGACGAAAGAGACGAGAACGAGGGAGUUACGGGCGUAAUGAGAGGUGGCCUUUCCAACAGUCGAGGUCUCCCUGGGCGACCAAGAGGUUCAAGAAGAAUACGUGAAGUUAUUCCUGGAGAGAGACGCAGUGGAAGGCUUGCUGGUCGGAGUUCUCAACCAGAGUCGUAAAGGAAGACGAUAAACGCAUUUCAUAACUUCGCAAACUUUUCGCGAAGUUAUGAUCGCAGCAAAAAGAGCAUUGUUGUUUGGAUUCUUGACUUUAAUUGAUCGGGCGAUCAAUUGACCAAAGUGGGGAGGAAUGUGAGAGUGAAAACACGUGACUUCAGGGUCACGUGCUACCAACGUUUAGUAUUUAUAGCUUCUCUUCUGUAGACCUAAAAAUAUCAUCGAAUUUUCU